UGUUGGCCCGGUUAAGAUCACUCUGCAUGGGGGGGGGGGCAUGGCCUGCUAGCUUAGCACAGCCAUGGCCUAACAGGCCACAGUUUCUUUUUUUGGAAGUAGUUUGGGGACUAAACAGGAAUGCGUUUGUUCCAUUUUGACAUGCUCUUCUUUGCCCUUGCUGCAGUUGUUGUGCCUGUGAAGUAGUUACACAAAUCUGUGUUUUGAAUAAUUUAUUUCUUUUCAUACCUGGAACCUUCCUUUGCUGGCAUACUUGUGUCCAACUGGAAAUGAAUACUAUAAGAGCGAAAGCAGCCUGUUAUGGCUGCACUGGGUAGCAGCGAGCUAGGGGUGCUCCUGUCCACACUACAGGAAUCUGUUGAUGCCGAAAGCACCCUCAAUAUCCUCAACGUGUUGGAUGAGCUGCUGUCAGCUGGAACUGACAGACGGAUUCACUACAUGAUUUCUAAAGGAGGGAGCGAGGCCCUCCUUGGUGCGCUGGUGAAAGUGGCCAGAGUCCCCACUCCCAAUUACACUGUCCUGCUUCCAUUGCUGCAUCUCCUGGCCAAAGUGGGCCACCGAGACAGAAGGAUUGGUCAGAAAGCAAAGGAAGUGGGGGCAGUGCUUCUCACCCUGGAUCUACUGCAGCAGAAUCUGAAAUGCGCCAGGAGGGCGACGGCCUGUCUCUGGGUCCUUCGGGUCUUCUGCUCCUCUGUUUCCACCGCUGCACUGAUUGGCAAAAACAGAGGCCUGGAUAUUGUAUUUAAGCUGAUAUCCCCUCAUACGACAAAGCAUAUACACAUGGUGAAGGCAGCCGUAGAUACACUAGGGGCAAUAUUGCAUUCGAAGUCCAACAGCAAUUCUGCGGUCUCCAAGGGUUACGUCUCCUGCCUGCUGAAGCUAUAUGAGGACUGGCAACUCAAAGACAGAGGGAAUGCCCACGUUCCCAUCCGCAGGGCACUGCUCCACUGCCUGCACUCUGCCGCCAAGACAGCUGCUGGGCGGGAUGCCCUGGUGGCGGAGGGAGGCAUGGCACUGCUGUUCCAAACCACCCAGGCUUGCUUGGGCACUAAGUGUCUGGAAUCCCUGAUCGACUCUGCCGUCCAGCUGAUGAGGAAGUGCCAUCCGAAGCGUCCUCUUCCGCUGACCUCAGAUCAGAGUUUCUACAGCUUCCCUCUACCAGGGAAGCCUGUCUCGAGUGUACCCACUGAUCCAGAGCCCCGAGAUGACAGUUUUGAAGAUGACAGCGACGAUGACAGCAAAACUGAUGAGGCCGACCACGGGGAAUAUGACGAUGAUCUGGAGACAGACUUGGAAAAGCUACGCAGCAGGCCAGAACCAGACAGACCCUUGGAGCAGCUAGGCCAGUAUGUCCGGCUGUGUCCGGAGCUGCACCAUGACUUCCCGGACCUGGACUCUGGCUCAGAGGUCGAGGGUAGUUCGGAUGAGGAACUUGAUGAAGAAGGCAUAAAUCACUGUAAACAGCAAAGGAUAUCGCGCCACCAGCAGGAAAGAGGGAGCUCUUUGUCCACCAGUCCCCUUGAGAAGCAGGCCACCCCUGCAGAGGUGAAGACAUCCCCCAUCCGUGAGGGAGGAGGUCCAGCUGAGAACCACCUAAAAGCCAGAGACAUGCACAGCCGCUGUCUUGGCAGGCCCAGGGCCAAACAGGACAGUCACAGCAUGGUGGACAGACUCUUGGAAAGACAUGGGGCCUGCAUCCCUAAUCACGAUCCAUGCAAGUACACUGCCGCUGCCGCCCAAACAAAGUCCAUUGCUGGCUACUCCAUCCUAGCCUUUCCAGACUUCUGGGGCCACCUUCCACCAAGCCACCAGGAGCCAAUGGCAAGCCGGAAACCAAAUGUGCAGAGACAAAAAGUGUUAGAAGACAUUCAGCACUUUCUCUGUCCUGAGGAUGUUAUUGAUCAAGUUGUGUUCGACUUGGAGGAUCCCAGUCCUCCAGGCCUGUUUCAACACCCCGAUUCCCUGCGUUUCUACUCCAAGUUUGAAUGUGGAAACCUGCGCAAAGUUAUCCGUGUUCGCAAUUGCGAAUACGACCUGAUCUUGAAUCCAGAUGUGAACUGCUCAGAGCACCUCCAGUGGUUCUACUUUGAGGUCAGCGGAAUGCAGGCCAACGUCCUCUAUCGCUUCAACGUCAUCAACUGCGAGAAAGGCAACAGCCAGUUCAAUUACGGGAUGCAACCUGUUCUCUACUCUGUUUGCGAAGCUCUUCUGGGUCGCCCACACUGGCUGCGAGUCGGCAGCGAGAUCUGCUACUACAGGAACCAUUUCUGCCCUAGCGACCACCAGAAAGGCCCCUCAUACUACACACUGAGCUUCGACGUGACCUUUCGACACAGCGACGAUGUCUGCUACCUAGCAUACCAUUACCCAUACACAUUCUCCACCCUGCAGACGCACCUGCAGAUGCUGGAACAGUCGGUCGACCCCAGCAAGGUGUUCUUCAGACAGCAAAGCCUGUGCAGCACCUUGGGAGGAAACCCAUGUCCCCUGGUGACUGUCACCGCCUGCCCCCCAUCCCACAGCUGGAGUCACCUGUACCAGCUCCGUAACCGACCAUAUGUGGUGCUAACGGCCCGGGUGCACCCUGGAGAGAGCAAUGCCAGCUGGGUAAUGAAGGGUACCCUGGAGUUCUUGUGUAGCAGCGACCCUGUUGCAGAGGGAUUGCGUGAGGCCUACAUCUUCAAGAUCCUCCCCAUGCUCAACCCAGACGGGGUCAUCAAUGGGAUGAGCCGCUGUUCAUUGAAUGGAGAGGAUCUUAAUAGGCAGUGGAUGAAGCCUGACUCUGGCCUCAGUCCCACAAUAUUCCACACCAAAGGCUUCCUGUACUACCUCAGCAGCAUUGGGAGGACUCCGCUGGUGUUCUGUGAUUACCAUGGCCACUCCAGGAAGAAGAAUGUUUUUUUGUAUGGCUGCAGUGUAAAGGAGACACUCUGGCAGUCUGGAUCGACAGUCAACACUGCCACACUGAAGGAGGACCCCGGAUAUAGAACGAUCCCAAAAACCCUGGACAGGAUUGCCCCAGCAUUCUCCUUCAACAGCUGCAACUACUUAGUGGAGAAGUCACGAGAGGCAACCGCACGGGUGGUUGUGUGGCGUGAACUGGGGGUCCUGAGGAGCUACACCUUGGAGAGCACAUACAAUGGCUGCGACCAGGGAAUCUACAAGGGCCUGCAGACGGGUACGAGAGAGCUGGAGGAGAUGGGCCUGAAGUUCUGUCAGAGCCUUCUGUCCCUCCGGAGGAACACUCUGAUCUACAGCAGGAAGUUCUUCAACCAUGCUUCUGCCCUCCUGGACCUGGACGACAGCCUCUUGGACCACAAGUCCCACAACUCUUUUGAGGAUGACGAGCCACCUUGCCAGGAGGAGAUUGAGUACCUAAGCGACAGCUGUCCAGGGUUUGACAGUGACGAGCUGAACUCUGAGCUUAAUGGCAACCUGUGCAGCUCCGAAGAGGAGGGAGGUGAGGAGGAGGCGCGGGGAGGGCCCAAGAAUGGCCUCCUGCACCCAGACAGGAAGCCACGUCUCAUUCCUCAAUUUAUGCACGAGGCCUCUCCAGAGACGCCAAAUAUCAAUAGCGGCAUGCGUAGCACCAUUGACAUUGUCAACGGGGAGUACUUCACUUAAUGGAUGACGCCACAACAUUCAGGUUCUCUGAGGCUUCUCAACUUAGAAUGUAAAGUCUGCUACAUGCGUCAUCUGUGAUAAACUGUUGAGCCUUUUGAAAAAUUUUCUGAAACCCCAGAUGAAGAAUAGUUGUGGAUGUUCAUAUAACUCCACAAAGGGAAGUAACUCCUGUAACUCCUUUAGCAGUACUGCCAUACCUUACCACGCACAAAACAAGGUGAGAGGGAAACAGAAGCCUGACCAUUUAGAGGUGGUGUCAGACAUAAGAAGUAGAUGCUGUAUGGCGUCAUUUCCGCUUUCCAAAGGCUAAUGAAUACAAAACCUUCUUGAAUUUUGAUACUGAUAGCUGGACAAAAUGUUUUCUUGACAUUGUGACUGAUACCUGUGUCUCACAAGGCCAACAUAUGCAAAGCUGUUGUACUACCCAAAUAGUGUCCUCCAGUCAGUAACAAAAUAUGUUCAUACAUUUAUACUUGUGUAAAUAUUUGUUAUGCAACUAUGCUCUUGAAAGCUCUAUGCUUUCUCAAACAUCAAAAUUAUAAUCUUAAAGAUAUUAUGAAUUGUAGGCUGGGAUUUGUUUAUGAUUUUAAUACUGCUGCAAUGGCUGGAAAAUACCUAAACAUUUUUACCAGAUGUAAUUAUGAUGCAUCUUGAUUAAUGCACAAUAUCAGCUUUCAGUAGUGGGAUUUAUGCUAGUAAUGCCUGGUAUGGCAUUUUUUUACAGUAUGUUUCAACCAAAGAAAGUGGUGCAUGUAGAACUAAACAUCCUGUACAUAAAAUUAAUGCAAAUUCAUAUUACGUACAUUAUCAAAUAAUGUAUUUUGAUAACAGCCAUAUUCUUGUCUGUAUGUAUGACAGUGACCUGGGUCAAAUAUGAAUUUGUUUUGGAUUCAAAUAUUUUUCUAAGCAUUACUGAUCUUGUCUAAUGUAUUGGAACCAAUGAAAUACUCUUAAAAAGUGCAAACCCCGCCUUCUGGUCACAUUGGCUCUGUCAUUUACACCAGGCAAGAUCAACAGAGCGCAGUAAAGUAUUUGAAUCCAAAACAAAUACGUAUUUGACCCAGGUCUGAUGACAGUUAAAGUUUAGUUUAAUUAUUCUUUGUGUAUGUGUGACUAUUAAUUAUUUGUAUUAUUAUUUGUAUCAUUUUAUGUGUCUUUUGUCACAUGACUCUUAACUCCUGAAGGCAGAUAAGACGCUUCUUAUUUACAUCUUAAUGUAAUAUUUAUGAAUUACUUUCAUAAAGAGACUUCUACCUACAGACAUUGAUGGAAAUAAACUGACCCAGCAUCAAACACAUUUUAAAUAGGGAAUAUGCUAAAAUAUAUUUAUCCCAAGUGCUGUGCUGAAAACAUGAAAAGAUCAAAAAUCUAAACGCCCUUCUUUAAAAUUCCUAUAAAGAUUUGUGGGUGUGCGCGUCUGUGUGAAUGCAUGUUUGUGUGUGCGUGAGUCUGUGUGUCUGUGAGAUUUGUGUAGGAUGAAAAAAUAAUGCUGUCCCUGAAAAAAGAUGGGCGAUAAGAAAAAGAGAAAAGAGCUACUAUCUGCUGAUGUGCACUCCUUGCGACGAUGGAUGAGUCAAUGAUCAGUUAAUGGGUUUCAAAUAUGAAGUCAUUUAUGAUUCCAAUGAUGCCUUAAGUAAUGGAUGGAAAGAGAGAUACUUUUUCAUCACUCAGAUCUUACCGUCUGUUACAUGUUAUAAGCAUGUGGUAAAUUAAGAAAAAAUGUACUCUAAUAAAUUUACAUAAAAUAUUACUUUUUUUUUGUCACCUAAACAAAUCUUACUGAGAAAGACUGUUUUAAUGAAGAGCACACAGAAAUAUCUACAGGCAAAAUGCAGCAAGCUGUUGUAGCAUACUCUAGGUCUCCUCUCUUUGUAUUCAUGGGAUGAUUCAAUGCUGUGAUGUUUCCUCUGUCUUGAAUUCCCUCAAGCGAGACAAUGCAAACACUGAGCUCUGGAAAAAAAUGGUGAUUUGUGACAGCCAGUCGCAAGAACAUAUAGUAAACUACGGCAAACUCAUCCCAGUUUCUGCCACAUCGCAUCAGGGUGCUUCAAUCAAGAUGUGUUCUGCCUCUGCUAGACAUGGAAGAAAUGCAAACAGUGACCCCUGGAACAACCGUAAGAGCUGCUAUAGAUGUUCUAGGGUAAGCUGAAGGAUUCAUCUUUUUGCUUCAUCUUACCCUGGUUCGUAACAUGCGCUGCGAGGUCUUAACGCAUUAUGUGGGCCUUUUUCAGCGAAAGAAGAUGUUUUGUUGCACAAGCUGUCAGGUUCUUUUGGGAAUACACCGCUGAGUGUUUUGGAGGUCUGUAGUGCAACGCUAAUCUUAUCACAGCAGUCCACCUUUCAGAGGGGACAGAUUGGUAGGCAACCUGUUGACCUUCAGGGCAUGGGAGGUCAGUGUAACGAAGACCACUACUAGCAAAUGGCGUCCUGUGCUCUCUCUCUCGGCUCUGUGUGGUGCUUAGCUUUGCUACAACAGAACCCUCUUUUCCCUUUCCUCUCAGCUUCUGAAGCUGUAGAUUUGUAUUUUUGCAAGGAUCCUGUGGUCUAACCAGGAGCUUGCCAAUGUAUAGCCACCAUUGAAAAGAUGGCACACUAUUCUUGCUUCAAAGAAAGAAGUGCAGAGGAUAUGGUUGUGUGUGUGUGUGUAUAUGUGUGUGUUUGUGUGCACACGUGUGUCUAUGUGUGUGCGCAUGGCAGGACCAGUAUCCCCUUACACUCUCUAUGACUGAUUAAUUAUUGAUUUCAAAUUGGUGGUUUUGAAACUGUCGGCUGAUUUAUGACACAUUCUUCAUCCCUCUCAAUUGCCUGUCGCUAUAAGCUAGGAUGGCAUUCAGCCCAACAGAGGCAGAGUUUUUCUUAUGGUGCCAAAUGACCAACUGUUGACCCCACAUCUGGCCUUGCCUUUUUGUUGGAAACAAGAUACCCAUUGAGUUCCCCUCAGCCAAGGGUCAAUAUUGCACUGUCCUUUAUGAUCAAUGACUGUGAAGUCUCAGUUACAACUGUUCCAGGAUCAUGAGACGCGUUACUUUUACAGAAUUUCCUGGCAGCUUUUUAUUUAUUUUUUAUUAUUUCGGGGUUGAGGAGAGGCAGCUCCCUCUAGACCCUGUGACACCAGUUUAGUUGUGUGCAGAGAAGCAUUGCAUCACCUCGUUUUUAAACAGGCAGGGUAAGGACAGCCAUGACUCAAAGGUGAACAUGGUUAUUCAAGCGUCGGAUGAAAAAAAGGCUUGCAGUCUAGGGGGAAUGUAUAAUGUCAAAGUGAGGACAAAAGAACCAAUUUACAGGGAGAUGGUUCACACAUACGUGAGUUCAUUAGUGAGCCCCCACAACUUAUGAUUUCUGUCAUACCAAAUAUGCUCUUAUUCUUUUAAAUUCCUAAUCACCUUUCAAAGUUUGUCAUCGAGUAAUUCUCUUUCAACUGCAGAAUAUUCAGCACAAAGCUGAAACCUUGCUCUCGUUUGUAUUCCAUUAAUGUGUGGUAUCUCCUUUUGAUCAAUAUGGAUUUAACAACUUUUAAAGACUAGGCUCUGACCUACAGUAGGUACUUUUUCAUGCAAGACAUAGCCAGCGUCUGGCUGGCCUGUUAUAAUCUCGUUCCCCUUAACAGACAGAUUGUCUAAUUAGAGGCUGCCAGGGUGAGGCCCUGAGCAUAUCAAGGUAAGAGAGGCUUCAUUGAAAUGCUGUGAACAAGAGGCAGUGUGCACACAUGACUGCAUUUCCUAAUGUGUGCUUCACUCUAGUCCGUUUGCCUCUCUCCUCUGUAAAACCGAAUCAGUCCGGCAUUACGACCAAGGCCAGCCACCCUCCCAUCUGCAGGAAACCUUCAACACUGAUUAGCGCUAUCCUUUUUACUAAUUGGCCAAUAAGUGUAUGGUAUUAUCAAGAUCAUUAACUUUUUACCCACAUUUCACACAAUGGUGCACAAGGUCCUGAGUGCAUAAUCAGAGGGUUUCGCUUGCACUGAGGUUGAAAUGUGGAUUAGCUGAAUGAGUUUGACCAUUUUGACAAGUUUCACAUGAUGCCGAACCUCCAUUCUAUCCCUAUGUGGGUGACUGAAUUUCCUUUCAUUCUAUCUAUUAUUGACACUGUCGUAUCAGUUUAGCCACAGGUGCUUAACAAAGUAAGCUGUAAACUUAUUGUUUGUCACUUCGUGUUUGAUGCUGGACCAUGUUGACAUAAUGUCGCCCGUUGUCUUGAUCACAAAGUUAGAAAAUGGAGAAGUGUCUUCACAGUUGGUUGCUCAGAUUCUAGCUUGUCACUGAUGGGGUUAUUCCAGUCCCAGAAAUACCACUGAUGUCAGAGAAGAGUUUUUAAACAGGGCAUAUUGGUUUCUUUGUGGCUUCUUUAAUUGGGUAUCUCCAGAUUUAAUAUUCGAUAGGGUGGGCCACCUUCUCUGUGCCCAAUUGCCUCACUGGCUAAGAGUGAGAUAUAGUGCUUUUGCAACAGUCAGAAAUCUCAGAAGCGUAUCAUGGUUAAUCACAAACAGUCAAUUAAUCUUUUUUUUUUUUUAAUCCAAACCCCGUAUACUUUAUUUUCCAUUUUACUGUCUUAAAUCAUUUGGAUGGAUGAACAUUUCUCCUAGCAGAAACUGCUGCACAAAUAAAGUAAUUGGUUUAUUUUCAUGCUGUAUGUAAAUAGUUUGGCUUCUCGUAAUAAAUUGUCAUUUUUGCUGGA